CCGGGGGUGUGCCCGGCCGCUGCGCCACCGAAAGAGCCGGGAGGGACGGCAGGAGCGCGUGGGCCAGGGCGCAGGGUCCAGGGCGCAGCGUGGGAUCCGGGCGCAGCCGACGCGGGGUCGAGGAUCCGGAGCAGAGCGGGGUCGGGAACAGCAUGACGUCGUCCGGGUCGGUGCAGCCGCCGCGGCUGCUGCUGCUGCUGCUGCUGGCGGGCGCGGCGCAGGCCCGCAUCUACUUCCGCCCAGGCCAGACCUGCUACCGGCCCCUGCGCGGGGGGCAGCUGGCGCAGCUGGGGCGCAGGACUUACCCUCGGCCAUAUGAGUACCUUUCCCCAUCGGAUCUCCCCAAGACCUGGGACUGGAGAAAUGUGGAUGGUGUCAACUAUGCGAGCGUCACCAGAAACCAGCACAUCCCGCAGUACUGUGGCUCUUGUUGGGCCCAUGGCAGUACCAGUGCCAUGGCAGAUCGCAUCAACAUCAAGAGAAAAGGUGCGUGGCCCUCCACCCUGCUGUCAGUGCAGAAUGUGAUUGACUGUGGUAAUGCUGGUUCCUGUGAGGGAGGCAACGACCUGCCGGUGUGGGAGUAUGCCCAUGAGCACGGCAUCCCAGACGAGACCUGCAACAACUACCAGGCCAAGGACCAGGAGUGUGACAAAUUUAACCAGUGUGGGACCUGCACCGAGUUCAAAGAGUGUCACACCAUCCAGAAUUACACCCUGUGGAAGGUGGGUGACUACGGCUCCCUUUCGGGCAGGGAGAAGAUGAUGGCGGAGAUCUACACCAAUGGUCCCAUCAGCUGUGGCAUAAUGGUGACGGAGAAGAUGGCUAACUACACUAGCGGCAUCUACGCCGAGCACCAGGACAAGACUUUUAUCAACCACAUCAUCUCCGUAGCUGGCUGGGGUGUCAGUGAUGAUGGGACUGAGUACUGGAUUGUUCGGAAUUCAUGGGGCGAACCCUGGGGGGAGAAAGGCUGGAUGAGGAUCGUGACCAGCACCUACAAGGGAGGGGCAGGAGCCAGCUACAACCUUGCCAUCGAGGAGGCCUGCACGUUCGGGGACCCCAUUGUUUAGGUCUCUGGAAGCAACAUCAUCAGUCACAGUGGGACUCGGGUCAGCCACAGUGGGAUAAUGGUGCCUGAGGACAUGUGGACACCUAUGGACACGAGGACCAGGGUGGACCGCAGAACUGCCAUCCAAGAGCCGGUAGAGGUCGAGUACCACCUGCACGGCGCUGCUGGACAGGAUGGCCCUGCAGACUCGAUGUCUCUCUCCAGUCACCUCAGGAAGAUUGCCAUACUCCAGAACGGCUCAGACUGUGCAUCAGCUCGGGGCACCUCAGAAGCGGUGGGGGCGGGUGGACGAGGCCAGACUAACCCAAGCAAUGAAUAAAGGAUCUAGCUUUGCCCAGG